AUGAUUGAGGAAUGGAAGGAUGCCAAUCUCGAUACCAUCCGCAUGCUCUCUUCAGGGGACUUCUUGUCUGUGAAACUCACGGGCGCAGGCCCGAUUUGCAUCGCCGCAUUGCAAGCUCGAGAGCAGACGAGAAAGGCCGGCGCCCGGCUUUGGAUAGAUGCUGAGCAGCAGAUACUCCAAAUCGGCUUGGAUGAAUGGGUUAUUGAGCUGAUGAAGCGCCACAACCAGAAGGGAGAACCCCUUGUGUAUAACACCAUCCAGGCAUACCUCAAGGGAGCAAGAGAAAAUGCCCAACGCCACAUCCUCCAAGCGGCACAAGAAGGAUGGUCGUUGGGCGUGAAACUUGUCCGAGGCGCUUAUAUCGAAAAUGAGGUCCGGUCGUUGAUUCAUGAUGCAAAGAGUGACUCAGACCAAUCCUACGAUGACAUAGCCGACAUGCUCAUAUCGCGCAGAGUCCCUCAGACCGACAGCCGGGAAGAACUGUCCUUCCCCACCACUGCCUUAAUGUUAGCAACGCACAAUGCCGCAAGCGCGUCCAAGGCUAUGGCAACACACCGUGAUAGGGUUGCUCAAGGAUUGCCUCUCACAAAGCUAGAAUGUGAUCAGAUCAAGGGCAUGGCUGAUGAGCUUAGCUGCUCCCUCAUCGAAGACUGCGAGGGAACCUUCACAACCGACGAAAAAACAAGGACAGAAGCACCUGGUGUCUUCAAGUACGUAGCAUGGGGAUCUGUCUCGGAAUGCAUGGGCUAUCUUUAUCGCCUGGCAGUAGAAAACCGUGGGGCCGUUGAACGAACGCAACAUAUGGUUGAAGCAUUAGCAAAGGAGCUUCGCCGCCGUGUCUUCGGGUAG